AGUGCCCCGUAGUUUCUCAUCACUUAGAUGUACUAGAGGAGCCUAUAUUUUUCACGUCUUCAAGUAUAGAGGCCGAACAAGCAACUUCGUCAGAUUUGACCUUGUCCAAGUCUUCCUGACAUAUUGUUGUGGCUUGUUGGCACAGUUACUUUUGGUGCACUACUUCCAUCAGCUCCUUGACCUCCUAAUUCGCAGCAAACAAAAUGCUCCAAAUCAGCCAACCAAGUCUUGAGCUAUCCAUCCUGAAUAGACAUCCUUCAGUGAUCGAAGGCCCAAGUCUGCUACACGACCUAGUACGAGCUUGCUCUGACAGACCCGCUAUCAACUUCCUGGAAAAUGGUUCGAAACGACGGACGUUGUGCUACCAGACACUGCACGCCUUGAGCGAUACUCUCGCUGGCAAGAUCACUAGAAUCCUGGCAAAGCUCGAAAGUGCCUCGCCAAUCAUUCCGGUCUUUUUACCACAGUGUCCCGAGCUCUACAUUGUUUUGUUAGCAAUUCUAAAGGCAGGGAAAGCAUUCUGUCCCCUGAAUCUCGACACGCCUGCGGAGCGACUCAAUUUUGUUCUUCAGGAUGUUUCGGCAGAUCUAAUAAUCACCACGUCGACAUGGGGCGAGAAGAUACGAGCAUAUACAGGCAUCCGAGCAAUGCUUGCUGACGUUGAGCUUUCUGAGCGCGACGAUGAACCACUUCCUCAGUUACCACGAGUAGGCCACAACAACCUGGCCUAUGUCCUGUAUACUAGUGGUUCCACUGGACUACCCAAGGCUGUGAGCGUGUCACAUCGAGCCGUGACCCAGAGUCUCUUGGCCCACGAUCGUCACAUUCCAGACUUUGCUCGCUUUCUUCAGUUUGCCGCCCCUACGUUUGACGUGUCGAUCUUCGAAAUCUUCUUCCCAUGGUUUCGCGGACGAACCCUGGUAGGAUGUACACGCGCCCAAAUGAUUGAAGAUCUUCCAAGGAUCAUCAAUGUCCUUGAAGUGGAUGCCGCCGAACUCACGCCGACAGUUGUGAGCAAUCUUCUUCGUGGUCGGUCAAGCGUGCCUAACUUGAAACUAUUACUCACCAUCGGCGAGAUGCUUACUCAACAUGUUGUUGAUGAGUAUGGCGGGAACGAGAGCAAGGAGAGCAUGUUGUGGGCCAUGUACGGACCCACGGAAGCGGCAAUUCACUGCACCUUGCAGCCACAGUUUUCGGCAUCUUCAUCCACUGGCACAAUAGGGACACCGCUUGACACGGUCUCGGUCUUCAUAGUCGCUCCAUCUCACGAAGGCGAUGUUGCAGUUAACUACGAGGUUCUUCCAAUAGGCCAGGUGGGUGAGCUUGUUGUUGGAGGCCCACAAAUCGCCCAAGAGUAUCUUAAUCGUCCAGAGCUGACCGCAACAUCCUUCAUCGACCACCCGGAUUAUGGUCGCUUAUAUCGGACAGGCGAUCGAGCAAAAGUGCGUGGCGACGGGAGCCUGGAAUGUUUGGGGCGUGUUGUUGCGGGCCAAGUCAAAUUGAGAGGUCAAAGGGUUGAGCUUGGCGAAAUCGAAAAUAUCAUCAUGAAGAUCGAUGCUUGUCACACGGCUGCGGUCAUGGUUAUCGAAGAAGUUCUAGUCGCCUUUUGCGCUACUGACUACCGCAAACUCUCCCGCGCAGACAUCCUUGAAACCUGCAAACGUUGGCUCCCAAGUUUCAUGGUCCCAUCAGACGUAGUGUUCGUAUCCAGCAUACCGCAGCUCCCAUCAGGCAAAAUAGAUAAGAAGGCAUUGGGGUCGAAUUAUCUGCGCACGCUUCAUUGCAAUGGCACUUCCGUAUCAGAUACAGACGAUCGCGUGGGUUCUGCUGUUUCUCGUAUACUCCGGAAACAUACGACGCGCAAUCUGGAAAUGAGUUCAACUCUUGCAUCUGCCGGGCUGGACUCGCUCCAGGCUAUUCGCAUAGCAUCAGCUCUACGCCAAGAGGGUUACAAGCUUGGUGCGAUCGAUAUAUUAAUGGCGACCACCCUUGGUGAUCUCAUUGCCUUUUGUAGAAACUGCGAAAGCACGACAAGCUUUGAGAACACACCAGAGGUUCUGCCUGGCAACUCAAAACAACCCGAGCAUCCUGAACUCAAGCGCUGGCGUGCAGAGAUUGCUCAGGUUCUUCCAUGCACUCCGUUGCAGGAAGCCAUGCUUGCAGAAACAACAGCUAGGCCUAGUGCCUACUGCAACUGGAUCGAGAUCGAGCUUCCAGUUUCGCGCGCAUAUGACCAGAUCCAGGAUGUACUUCGAUCUCUCGCUCAGGCCAACGAGAUUCUACGUACUGGCUUUCAUUCUACAGUCCAACAUACGGGGACGUUCGUUCAGCUUGUGUGGAAGAGUUUGAAGGACUCUCAAAUCCAAGAGGUAGCCGCUUUUUCCAAAGCUUACUCUUUAGGGUCUGACGAGUCGCUAUUACGCCCCCUAAGCGUUCAAGUGAAGACAGGUCCCCAGAAGGCACGACUCCUUUUCCAGAUACACCAUGCCUUGUACGACGGAUGGUCGUUUGACCUUUUACUUCAGGAUCUCGACAAGCUUUUGCGCGAAGAGCGAGCUAUGAAGCGGCCGCAAUAUCGGGAUAUUGUUCAAUACUACACACGCGAACAACGAGCGAGCGAAGACAAAAGCGCCAAGGAGUACUGGGCUAGCCUGCUUUAUGAUCACGUCCCUGUGUCUCUUCCGAACUACAAUGGAAAAAUAAUUCACAGUACAGGCGUUCGUGCUGUUUCUGGACGCUCCGCGAUCAGCGUCGAUACAUUAUUCGAACGCGCCAAGGAGCUUGCGAUUAACCCCCAAGUGUUCUUUCAGGCAGCGGCUGCAUACGUUUUGUCACUUUACAUGGGCUCGACUGAUGUAGUACUUGGUAAUGUUACUUCGGGCAGAACAAUCCCUGUGUCCGGCGUCGAAGAUAUCCUUGGUCCUUGCAUAGCUUCACUUCCAUUUCGUUUGGACUUUCGACACCUCUCUCGCGUUCAAGACAUCUUGCACAAAAUACAGAAUCUCAACCGAGAUGGCUUGCAACAUUGCUCCUUGCCCCUGCGUGAAAUAGCAAGGGUGACAAAUGUGCCGCCAGGGACGCGUUUAUUUGAGGUACUAUUUGUGUGGCAACAGACCUUGAAUCCCAUCGUUGAAUCAUCGACUGCCGCGAAGAUUGUCGAUAGUGCAGAUGAUCUGGAGUACACGAUCACGCUCGAAUUUGAACCUCACCAGGACUAUAUAUCGUUUCGCACCAUUUUCGAUCCAUCGAAGAUUCCUGAGGACCAGGUCAAAUACUUGUCGCGACAUAUUGACGAGGUCGUUCAUUUAUUCCUUCAGGAUACCAACUGCAAGGUGUCUGAGAUUAGCAAGUGUUUUACCAACAACUCUUGCUCCAUCGCCAAUCCCGAACCUCGUCAAAAGUCUAUUCCAAAUGGACCAUCGUACGCAGUUGAGGUGUGGGCUAUGAAAUCUCCAGAAAAAGAGGCAGUUGCUUUCGGUCAUAUUGUUAACGGCGUUAUGGAGAUCAAGAACUCACUCACAUACAGCGCGUUAAAUUCCCGUGCAAACCAGUUUGCUCGAGUUCUUUCGGAACACGGCGUUGGCCAAGAUCAGCUAGUGGGUGUCAUUAUGGAGAAAUCCGUUGACUUCUACGUCGCUAUCCUCGCCAUACUGAAACUUGGCUCGGGCUACUUACCUCUGGUUCCCGAUACCCCUCUUGAUAGAAUACACACGAUUCUAGGCGACGCUAACGUCGCGAUUUGCGUUAGCGAGUCUGCAAUCUCGGCUUCUUUUCGACAAGGUCUUUCCACUAAGAUUAUAGACUUGGACUCUGUCGAUCUUUCAUGCUAUUCUGAUGAAGCCUUAAGAACUCCAUACAACGGCUCGCACGUCGCCUAUGCCGUCUUCACAAGUGGAAGCACUGGCACACCUAAGGGUGUUCUCGUGACACAGGACAAUUUGAUGAGCAACCUAGAGUAUCUCGCAAGUAUAUAUCCAUUCUCGGAGGAUUCAAAGAUGCUCCAGGCUUGCUCACAAGCUUUUGAUGUUUCCGUCUUCGAGAUCUUCUUUUCCUGGCACGUCGGCAUGUGCUUGUGCACAGCUAGUAAAGACGAUUUGUUCCGGGACUUGGAAGCUGCAAUUAAUCGCUUAGGUGUCACGCACCUCAGCCUUACACCGACCGUUGCAGCACUAGUGGACCCGGAGAAUGUGCCAAAGGUGGAGUUCCUUGUGACUGCUGGAGAAGCCUUAACAGAACGCGUUCGCAGAAGAUGGGCAGGCAAAGGCUUGUAUCAAGGCUAUGGUCCCUCCGAGACCACCAACAUUUGUACUGUUAAUGCGUCGGUCACUCCCACGGAUGAGAUCAACAAUAUUGGCCCGCCUUUUGACAACACUUCAGCGUUUGUGCUAGACCCGGAUAGCGAAUUCAUCCUUCCACGUGGUGCCAUUGGGGAACUCUGCUUUGGUGGAGCGCAGGUCUUUCGAGGCUAUCUCAACAGACCGGAGUUAAACGCCACCAAAAUCAUUGAGCAUCCUUCGUACGGGCGGAUUUAUCGAUCAGGAGAUAUGGGCAUACUCCUCGGCGAUGAUUCCAUCCUCUUCUCUGGUCGUUUGGACGAUCAAGUAAAGAUUCGCGGGCAGCGGGUCGAGCUUGGAGAGAUUACAUCUGCUAUCCUCGAUCACAACAGAGUCCAGGAUUGUGUGACUCUUCUCGUGUCGCUCCCCAACACAGCAAAGGCCCUAGUCAACUUUUGGGUACCUACUGGGCUUACCAUGGAUUCAGUAGAACUUUUACAGCCCGAAGAGUUUCGAACCGUGAUCGUGGAGUUGUUCACGUCCUUGUCGCAUCGGCUUCCUUCGUAUAUGGUCCCCUCACACGUCCUCCCCAUAUCGCGCAUUCCGAUGACGGCACAGGCUAAGAUUAAUAAGCGGCUUCUUCACAGCAUGCUAGAAAGCUUGCCAGAAGGCGCACUGAUCCAUACCACCGAGCCACAAGAUACUGAUGAAGUGGCUGAUCCGUCUUCAGAAUGGGAGAAUAGGGCUACCGCAGUUCUAGCCCGAGCGCUUGACUUGCCUCUAAGCGAGAUUCGUAGAACGUCUUCCUUUUUCAGCUUGGGACUCGACUCCAUAUCGGCCAUAAGCUUCUGCAACUCUCUCAGGGCGGCAGAUUUGGGCGACGUUGCCGUAUCUAUGGUUCUCAAAAAUCCAACUAUAGCCCGUCUAGCGUCAGUCAAAGAUACAGGCAUAUCACCCAGGCCCUUGACUGGAGUUUCUGCAGUAGAUCCCACCUGUGUAUUGGAACCGGACCAGAUUGCUCAGAUUCGUUCGCUUUACGAUAAAAGGGGUAAACAAGUGGAAAAGGUUCUACCAUGCACGCCACUUCAAGAAGCUAUGCUAUCUAGCGGACAGUCAUCGUCGGCAUCGGCAUACUGUAACGUGAUGAUAUUUGACAUCAAGGGAGAUGUGUCUCGUCUACAAGAUUGCUGGGCGCUUAUGACUCGACGGCAUGAAAUCCUUCGCACGGCUUUCAUAUCGACAGAGGAUCCGUCGUACGCUUUCGCCCAAGUCGUCCUAAACGAGAAUGAAGUCCUCUGGCACCAUCAGGAUUUACAAGCCGAUGUGCGAUCACGCACCAAUGAGGUUAUGAGGACCCUUCUCGAGACCAACAAACCACCCGUCUUUCUCGCUCUUGCCCACGAAGACACCUCCACUGAAUUGUUGUUUUGUUGCCAUCACGCACUAUACGACGGCAUUGCUAUUGAAACAAUUCUCCAGGAGAUACAAGACUCUUACUCCGGACGCGAACUUUCACCUCCAAUAUCUUACAACGUCUACUUGCAGCAUAUGCUUUCCCAGGACUUUAUCAAAGCUGAUCAAUACUGGACUGAAUCUUUCAAGGACUGCGAACCGACGUUUUUCCCUAAUCUUACUGGCCAAGCUACCAUACUCCGACCCGGUCCAGCUUCUGUCACCAGGUGUUUGCAGAUACCUCUUAGUGAGGUGCGUCAAGCUUGUAAGAGCGCAUCCAUCUCACUGCUUUCGGUAGUACAGACUGCGUGGGCUAAACUGCUGCAUUACUAUACCGGGGAGAACGACAUAUGUUUCGGAAAUGUUGUGAGUGGGCGCACUUUGCCCGGUGAUAGCCUAGAACGCCUUGUUGCACCAUGCUUCAACACCUUGCCUAUUCGUGUUAAGUUCGACUUCCACGAAAAAAACUCGACCUUGACCAGCCUAGUCCACGAUUUCAAUGUCGAAUCACUGGCGUUUCAAUUGACGCCUCUCCGUCGGAUUCAAAACCUUGUGCUCAAGGACGGUGGCCAUCUAUUCGAUACCCUUGUCAUCCUCCAGCAGCCGGGUAAGCCACUAGACGAUUCUAUUUGGACACUUGAGCAGGAUUUGGGUGAGAUGGAUCUGCCGAUAGUCUGUGAGGUGCUCCAAGACCAGAUCAAAGAUACCUUGACGUUAGUCCUCCACUACCAGACCUCUUUACUCUCGGAUGCGGAUGCCAAGAUCGUUGCCGAAACUUUCGACAACAGUCUUUCGACCUCGAUUAAGUUUCCUCAGGCACCUGCUAAUGAUACUGUGGGAUUUCCGAGCCAUCUUCGGGCGGAGUCCAACACCAACUUCCAGCCCUUCGACACUCACGCAAGCUUUUUGCAUUCUGGAUUCGAGCGAAACGCAUUGCAUCAGCCGGAUGCUAUCGCGCUAGACUUUCUGCAUGCAGACGGAACAAAAACGGUGUGGUCAUUUAAAACACUGAAUGAAAAAGCUAACGACAUUGCGCAUGCCCUGAUGGAUCACCACGUGGGGCUGGAAGAGAUCGUCCCCAUAUACAUGCCGAAAUGCCCCCAAUUUUACGCCAGCAUCCUAGGUGUUCUCAAGGCUGGUGCUGCGUUCGCCCCCGUGCACCCUGAUCUUCCGGAAGCACGAAAGAAGUUCAUGUUCACAGAGUUGGAAGCGAAAGUGGUCCUCUGUUCUAAAGAUCAGGCAGUCCCGAAAGUCUGCACUGAAGCGCAAAUGAUUCAAGUAGAAAGCAUCGAUCACAGCUCCAAACUCACCCCUCCCAUCCUAGGUUUCAAGAACUCGAACUUGGCCUAUUGUCUUUUCACUAGUGGCUCAACAGGAGUUCCGAAAGCCGUCAGCAUGGAACAUCGCGCUCCUUGUCAAACUAUUGAAAGCUCCAGGUCGAUUGUUCCGUGGAAUUCUUCCUCAAGGCUCCUUCAAUACGCAGCAAUUACUUUCGACAUGUGCUACUUCGAUUGUUUCCUCGCUUGGACCUUGGGCUUCACUCUUUGUGCCGCAGAGCAAAGGGAGAUGCUGAAUGAGCUGCCAAAGGUCAUCAACACUCUCCAUGUCGAUUUACUGGAUCUCACGCCUUCUGUUGCCGUGUCGCUAAAAAGAUCUGAGCUACCUAGAGUUACAUGGCUGUACUGCAUCGGCGAAGUCAUGUCAGUCGAGAUCGUGAAGGAAUGGGGUAGCGCGAGUUUCAACUCCUACGGGCCAACUGAGGCUGCCUUCUGCACGACAAUGUUUCCAGUGAAAGAAAGUGUUAGCACUUCUGUCAUCGGAAAGCCCUUUGCAACGACCUCUUUCGCUGUCUUCCCUCCACUAGGCGACCGACCAUUACCACUACUGAGCAUCGGAGAAUUGUACAUCGGAGGUGCACAGCUAGCGCGAUGCUACCUAGGCAAAUCUCAGCUUACAGAGGAGACUUUUGUCUCUCGAUGUGGGCAGAGAUUCUAUAAGAGCGGCGACAUGGUCCGAAUGUUAGGCGACGGUAAAUUUGAAUUUGUUGGCCGUGUAGAUGACCAGGUUAAAAUUCGAGGACUAAGAGUCGAGCUGGGCGAGGUUAAUCAUGUGCUUCAAGACUCUCAUCCUGAUGUUACAACUGUUGUUACGCAGAUCUUGAAGAAAGAUGCAACAGCGAAGGAGCAGCUUGUAGCGUUCCUCGUCGCGAAUCGAGAGAUCGAUGAGAGUGAACAUGCCGAGAUCCAACACGCGCUGAGAGAGCGUGCCAGCAAACGCCUUCCGUCGUACAUGGUGCCUCAGUUCUUCCUCUUUGUUAAAAGUAUACCACGAUCGAUGGCUGGCAAGAUUGACAAGACGGCUUUAACAAGGAACUUUUGCGAAGCAGCAGAAGUGAAGCCACUUCCGAACGGGACUGCUGAGCAUGGUUCAGUUCAUCACUGGACUGAACUUGAGAAUCAAGUUCGGGAUAUAUUCGCACGACUAUCGAAAACAUUACCAGAAGACAUACUACCAACCACGUCAAUGUACCAACUUGGCCUUGAUAGCAUCAGCGCAGUCCAAGUUGCUGCUACCCUGCGCAGACAAGGCCAUAGCGUGGAUGCUGCGGAUGUCAUGAAACAUAUGACUUGCACUGCGAUUGCAGCAUGCAUUGAUCAACCAAUACCUUCAGUGAUACCGACAGCUUUACAGUUCGACUUCAAUGCUUUCGAACAAAAGCACAAAGCACUGGUGCUGAUAGCAUGCGAUAUCAAUGGAGAGAAUGUCGAGGCCAUCCGGCCCUGUACCCCUCUUCAAAAGGGUAUGAUUUCGCUGUUCAUUGCGAAAGAGGGAGCCACUUAUAUGAACUAUCUGCGCUUGCAAUUAGAAUCCAACGCAAACCUCGAAAACCUGAAAGAUGCAUGGACCGCGGUGAUGAAACGCCAUGCCAUGUUACGAACCGGUUUUGCUCACGUCAAGGACACUCACCAUGCUUUUCUCAUGAUUCAAUAUAAUCCAGAAGCUGUCAAUCUACCUUGGAGCGACACAACGCAAGAGAACGACCGGAUUGAAACAACCAACGAUUGGCUACGAACGCUACAGGACAGAGCUUUGAGAAAGCUUCAUUCGCCGCCCUGGGCAUUACGAGUUGUUUCAGAUGGAUCAAAAGUAUACCUCGACAUUGGCAUGUUCCAUGGACUUUUUGACGCACAAAGUCUUCAGUCUAUUUUCAAUGAUGUCACGGCUCUCUACCAGGGCCAAUCUCUCUCGACACCAAUCAGCUUGAUCCCAGUCAUUGAUCACAUUCUCUGUUCAAAUUACGACGACACCAAGGGUGCAGAAAGCUUCUGGAUGCAGCUCGGGAAGAAAGGCAGUCCAUGCCGUUUUCCCAAUCUAGCGCCUUUGCGAUACGACCCCAAGCCUUCAGUAGUAUUUACGAAACAGUCAGCACGGCCUUUACCUGAGCUAGAAAAGGGAUGCCAACUAGGAAACAUCACACUCCAGGCCGCCGGUAUUGCGAGCUGGCUUUGCCUUUUAUCCGCAUACACCGGAGAGAGAUCAGUCACCUGCGGAGUAGUACUUUCGGGCCGCAACUUUGAGGCUGCUGAAGAUGCCGUCUUCCCUUGCAUUAACACCGUGCCUUUUGUAUGUACGGUAGCCGAGGAGAGCAAAGAGAUGCUUGAUGCAGUCAUGCAGCUGAAUGCUGAGGUCCAAAGAUAUCAGUUUACUCCACUUAAUGACAUACAGAAACUGAUGGGCUACCCGAAUGAGCCUCUAUUCGAUUCCAUUUUCGCCUAUCAAAAACUUUCCGACAACAAGAACCAGGAAUGUCCUUGGAGGGUAGUUGAUGAACAAGGAACAAUCGAAUACCCGGUAUCCAUCGAAUUAGAGCCUAAGAAUGGUUAUCUGGAAUAUCGAAUUACCUUCUUGCCGCACGUCAUACCAAGGGAACAGGCUGGUUUAAUCCUCGAACAGAUCGACCAUUUGAUGGAGCGCUUCAUCUUUCCUGCAACAUCUCCCACGCUCGAACCUUCAUUCGAUCCAAAGCUCUACUCUAUCAAUCCGGCGAAAGAGCCGUGUUUGCCUUCAGAAGCUAGCCUGUUACAUGAGCUGGUCGAGCUUAGCGUAACGAAGCACCCACAGCGCCUCGCUUUUGAAUUUGUUCGUGCACGACCUAAUGGCGCUCUCUGGAGUCAAAAGUGGACGUACGCGGAGCUCGAUGCUGAAGGGAACAAAAUUGCAAACCUCCUUAUCACCCAUGGCAUUCAGCCAGGCAACCUAAUCGGGGUGUGCUUUGAAAAGUGUCCAGAGGCUUCUUUCGCAAUGUUGGGCAUCUUGAAGGCAGGGUGUGCUUUCGUCGCAAUCGAUCCCGGAGCGCCCGCUGCACGUCAAGCCUUCAUUAUCAAGGACUCUCAGGCUCGGGCCGUUCUUUCAAUGUCAACCCAAUCCGCUCGAUUCAAGGAGAGCGUGGAUUUACUAGUUCUGAACCUGGAUAAGGUUGCGGUGCAUUCAAUGUCCAAGAACGCCCCCUUACAAAACAAGAAGGUCGGGCCUCAGGAUCGCAGCUACUGCUUAUAUACCAGUGGUACCACUGGUACGCCCAAAGGAUGCAUAUUGACGCAUGAGAAUGCUGUACAAGCUCUCCUCGCCUUCCAACGCUUGUUCGCCGGACAUUGGGACGCAGAGUCGCGGUGGCUACAAUUCGCAUCCUUCCAUUUCGACGUUUCUGUGCUUGAACAAUACUGGAGCUGGGCUGUUGGUAUCUGCGUUGUAUCAGCGCCCCGAGAUCUCAUCUUUGAAGAUUUAGCAGUUUCAAUCAGGACUAUGGGCAUUACGCAUAUCGACCUGACACCUAGUCUUGCCCAGUUACUACACCCCGAUGACGUACCAAGUCUUUGUAAAGGGGUCUUUAUUACUGGAGGCGAGAGCCUGAAGCAAGAGAUAUUAGACGUGUGGGGCCCAACGGAUGUGAUCUACAACGGCUAUGGCCCGACUGAAGCGACGAUCGGCGUUACGAUGUACCCUCGCGUGCCCGCUAAUGGUAAACCUUCCAACAUCGGUCCACAGUUCGACAACGUGGGAUCUUUUGUGCUGCAGCCUGGUUCAGACGUCCCCGUGCUUCGAGGCGGUGUUGGCGAGCUGUGUGUCUCAGGCAAACUCGUUGGGCAAGGUUACCUCAACCGUCCUGACCUGACUGAGGAACGAUUUCCGUACCUGCAACGUUUUGAAGAGCGCGUGUAUCGAACCGGCGAUCUAGUGAGACUCCUGUACGACGGUGCAUUCGACUUUCUAGGUCGUGCGGACGACCAAGUCAAGUUGCGCGGACAACGACUAGAGGUUGGCGAGAUCAACUCGGUUGUCAUGCAAGCCGGAGAUGACAUAUCGGACGUUGCAACGCUGGUACUCAAGCACGCCAACCAGCAAAAGGAGCAGCUUGUCUCAUUCAUGGUUCUGGGAAGAAGAACGGGCGGUCCACCCAAGGUUCUACUAGACACCGCAAGCGGUACAACUAGUGCGAAGGAAGCAUGUCAAGAGAAGCUACCACCCUAUAUGGUUCCGACGCAUUUUAUUCCGCUUACGUCCAUGCCCCUGAACGUCAACAACAAGGCAGAUGCAAGAAAGCUAAGAGAGAUCUACGAUGCCUUAUCAGCUAGCGAUUUGCAAAGGCUGUCAAUCACAUCGAACGGACGAGAUGCGGACGUUUGGUCAGAGCAAGACAGGGAACUUCGCCAGGUGCUCAAGGAGAACCUAGAUGUAGCCGAGGAUUCGAUCAGUAAAGAUACCAGCUUCUUCGAGCUGGGUAUGGAUUCUAUAUCCGUGAUUGGUUUGUCAAGGGCAAUGAAGCAGGCAGGCUUUGCGAACGUAACCGCGUCAGUGGUAAUGAGGUGCCCUACCAUUCGCCGACUCUCCAAGGCUUUUACGAGCAAGGGCACUAUCCAAAGUGAUCGUGGUUCGAUACUCGCAGCACAACAGGCUAUUACCGCGAUCCAGCAUCGUCACAGGCGAACGGUCGCUCAUUCUCUUUCGAUCGACCCAUCAACGAUCGAGGCACUGGCGCCAUGUACACCCCUCCAGCAAGGCAUGAUCGCACGAUAUCUGGAAAGCGAUAAUGGCCUUUACUUCAAUAGUUUUCAGUUCCAACUGAAUGGCAAUGUCAACGAAGAAAGGCUUCAGGCAGCCUGGGAGAGCGUGUUUGCGUCAACCCAGAUCUUGCGAACCGUGUUCGCAAACACGGAAGACGGCUACGUUCAGGCAGUACUACAAGGGAUCCCUCUUGCUUGGUCACUACAAACCCUCACCAAGCAUGAGUCUGUGACCAGCUGUGUGGAUCGGCUGAGGCAGAAUUGGCUACCGCUCAAUCACACCGAACUCCUACAGCCGUUCCAAGUCGUUUUAGUUACAACACCGACCCACAAGCUCCUCGUAGUUCACAUUUUCCAUGGAUUGUAUGAUGGCAAUAGCAUUGGACUCAUGUUCAGAUCGAUUUGGGAUGCCUAUAACGGACGAAAGCUCGACAACCGUGGACCAUCGUUCCACUCUGCCCUCGCUCACGGUCCGUUGCGGGUGAUCGACGGCGCAAAGACCUUCUGGCGGGAACAGCUGUCAGACAUGAAUUUCAGGCCGUUUCCUAUCCUUGUCGACAACCCAAGCGAAGAUACCGUCAUUGUCACACGAGAGUUACAUGCGUUGACAUCCUUCGACACCAUCAGGCGCAAACUUGGUGUUACACCUCAAGCUAUCGCUCAGGCUUGCUGGCACAGUGUUCUUCAAAAAUACGUCAAGGGAACAGUAACAACAGGUGUAAUCGUCUCAGGUCGCAGUAUGGACCUUGUGGAUGCGGAUCGCAUCAUGGGGCCAAUGUUCAACACCAUCCCGUAUCAGCAGAGUCUCCAAAGCGGCCAAACCUGGGCUGAUAUCAUCAAAGGGGUGCAUGAGUUCAACACAGCUGCUCAUCCGUACCAGCACACUCCACUAAGAGACAUCAUGAAGUGGUGUAAGAGGAGUCCAAGCCAGCCACUCUUCGACAAUCUUUUCGUCUACCAGGUGGGAACAGGCGGGGAAGAGUGGGCGAAAAACGAUAGUUGGGAGGUGUUCGAUGGGGGCGCCAUUGCAGACUACCCUCUCGCGUUCGAGAUUGAGCAGAAGGCAGACGAUCACUUCAGCUUGACAUUGGUCUCACAGGGGCACAUUUCGAAUCAGAAAACCUCGCUCGAACUCCUCGACCAAUUUGAGGAAGCACUGCGACAGGUUUUGGCAGAUCCAGCGGCCAUGUUGGAGCUACCUGUCAUGCUAAACGGCACUAUGAUGAACGGAACAUCUGGAGAGAAGCAUCCGAUGAACGGGAUCAAUGGCACAACAGAUUUCAGUUGGACGGAAAAUGCCAUCAAAAUCAAGGAAGAGAUUGCUGGUCUCUCUGGCGUUGCGGUUGAGGAUAUUAACGAAACAACGUCCAUCUUUGAGCUUGGCCUUGACAGUAUCGACGCAAUCAAGCUAUCGUCAAAGCUCAAGAAACGCAACGUUGAACUUCCGGUCAGCGGUAUCAUGCGUGGCCUCACCAUCGCGAAAAUGGUCCCGAACAUCUUAGGCGAUGAGACGCAGCAAGGCGAAAGCUCUAUCGAUGUAGACAUAUAUCUUGACAAGCAUAACCUCAAUGGUUACCUCGAUCAAAGCGACUUCGAUACCAGCAAUUUCGAGGAUAUUUUCCCUCUGACGCCUCUGCAAGAAGCCAUGGUCGCCGAAAUGAUCGCAUCCGAGUAUACGAGGUACUACAACUACGAUGUGCUGAAGCUGGAUCCUAGCACCAACCUCGACACGCUACAAGAUGCCUGGACCCAGGUCGUUGUAAAGUCGCCAAUCUUGCGCACUUCUUUCGUGGAAGUGCAGGAUCCCAGUCUAGACGCCUCUUUCAUACAGAUCGUCCACAAACAGCCCCAUGACUUCUGGUCACGGACCAAAGUGGAGAACGACCCCGACUUUCCUGAGGUGUUCGAAAGGCUCCGCAAUGAUGCGAUCAAUCUUGGUCUACAUGAGCCUCUAUUUCAUGUCAUGGUAGUUGAGGCACCCACACACGUCUAUCUUGUCCUGUCAAUCGCACAUGCCCUCUACGAUGGCUGGUCUCUUAGUUUGCUGCACUCCGAUGUUCAUGACGCUUAUCACGACCACUACACACCUCGACCAAGCUACGAGCUCUCGUUGGCGGAGAUUCUAUCAGCAUCCGAUUCAAAUGCUACAUCAUUCUGGCAAGACUUUCUCUCAGGCGCCAAACCUAGCCCCUUUCCUCGUCGACCGAAAGAUUCCAGUGACAAUAAGGGACAUGCGCAUCGCCACCAGAAAGGCAGCCAGGCGCUUCUCAGCGAUGUCUCGUCCUUUGCUAGGAAGAGUGACAUAUCCUUGCAAACGCUUGGACAGACGGUCUUCGCUUUGGUACUAGCAUCGUAUACGCAGUCUCUAGACGUGACGUUCGGUUCUGUCCUCCUAGGUCGUGACGAUGACAAAAGUUCGCAGCUACUAUUUCCCACAAUGAACACUGUCGCGAUACGUACAGUGCUGCACGGGACUGGAAACGACAUGUUGCGCUAUGUUCAGGACAACUUCACAAGCAUCAAAAAGUGGCAGCACUUCCCGCUUCGCAAAGCUUGGUCCCUGGCAAGCUUUGAUGGCAAACUGGCCGAAACUUUGUUCAUAUAUCAGAAGAGUUUAGACGGGGGGGAAAGCAAAGGGCAGAAGCUCUAUACGAGCAUUGAGGGGCAUAGCGAUGUCGAGUAUUUGGUUUGCGUGGAAAUGGAGCUGGUGAAAGACCAGCUGAUAUGGCGGUGCGCCGUGAAGGAUGAUGUGUUUUCGGAAGGAGGGGCACAAGAAUUACUGGACCAGCUGGACGAUGUGCUGCGACACAUUAUUAGUCAACCGGAAGCCCCUGUGAUCGAGGUUACGUCGCAGGGCACAUCUGUCUACGGCCUGCGCGCAUUCGAGGAGAAACAACAAGAUGCUCGCAUUACUAACGGCACAUCAAUCGGCCAACCCACGGAUACCGAAAGCGAGCCAGAAUCACAAACCGCACGCAGAAUUCGUGCGGUCCUGGCUGCUGUUUCCAGAACGCCUGAAGACGAGAUUACGAAAGACAUGAGCAUCUUCCACGUCGGCCUAGACUCCAUUAGCGCGAUCAAAGUUUCGUCGCUUCUUCGCAAACAGAACAUAGUCCUCAGUGUUGGAGAGAUGCUUCAAGCGGGCACGGUCGAAAAGAUGGCCAAGUUGGUUGAUACACGAAUGAUUGAUCCUAGAGAGGAAAAUGGUGACUAUGCAGCUGCCCUCAACGAAGCCCUAAAGGAUCUUGAUCGUGCGGACAUCUGCUAUCGAGCGGAUAUAAAGGACACCAACGUUUCAGACGUGUUACCGAUAACCGCUGGACAACUGUAUACUUUGUCGAUGUGGCUCAGUGGGAAGGAUACCAACUUGUAUCCCAACUUCUCCUACGAGCUCCAAGGAUCAGUUAAUUUCGAAGAACUUCUCAAGUUGUGGCAAGACCUGGUGUCGGCGAAUCCGAUUCUGCGGACAUGUUUCGUUCCUACCAAGAACGAGCAUACGCCCUACGUGCAGGUAGUAUUACGAGAAUCAGACGCCUCUGCAACAAACAUCACUGGGCUCGACGAAGAUCAAAUUAGCGAUACUAUCAGUAGGCUCGCUCCAAGGCAGCCAUGGGCACAUCUACUGGUCUCACAAACAUCGAAUGGCUGGAAUAUUGGGCUUAGGAUCCACCAUGCGCUGUACGACGGUGUUAGCUUGCCUCUUGUGAUGGCGCAGUUUCAGGAUCUCUGCAACAACAUCGCUGCACCCUCACCAAACGACACAUUCAACAAGCUUAUAGCUGCCUCCUCUAUCGCGGCCAAGCGCAACGACCGUCAAUCAUUCUGGAAGAAGUACCUCAAGUCUUCAAAGCAACAGCACCUGUCUCAAUUGUUUGCAGCAACAAAGGCCAAGGUGGAAAUCUUCAAUCCGGGGUACGUUCCAACAUCCGGGUUGGACGCACUUGCUCGUACACAUGGUAUCUCGAUCCAAUCGCUCUUCCUCGCCUCAUAUGCAAGGUGUUAUGCCACCAUGACAGGCACUGCUAUUGGUGAGGACGUAUUCAUUGGAGUGUACCUCGCAAAUCGCUCGCUUCCUGUCGAGAACAUCGCAUCAGCUGCUGUUCCUACGGUGAAUAUACUUCCACUUCGGGUGACGACAUCAAAGGAACAGGAUCUCGUAGCUGUAGCGAUCCAAAUCCAGCGUGACCUUCAAGAGAUCAGCAAGCCAGUGAACGCCGCCGCGAGCCUCUUCGAGAUUAGCGAGUGGACAGGCGUUAAAGUCGAUACCUUUGUCAACUUCCUCACUCUUCCAAACGACGAAGAGCAAAAACUUAUCAGUGGCGAGAAUGAUAUCAAGAUCAAUUUAGUCAAGCAGUGGGAGCAAGCAGUCUGCCGGGUCUCAGAAAUUGAAGACAAGAGUUCAGAGGUGCCUUCUGGACUUCACAACGAGCGCGUCAGCGAUGCAUAUCUGUAUGCGAUCAACAUUGAGGCUGCCGUCCGCAACGGGUCUUUGGAUAUAGGCGUUUUCACGCCAACGAACCUGCUGAGCUUGGAGCAAGGGAAAAGCCUCCUGGAGGAGCUCAAGUAUGCCUUGACCAGUAUCAAACUGGAUUGAGCCCAAAAAGCGAUGGCGUCUGGAGUUUGGGGGGAAAGGAGUGAUGGGUUUUCGCAUUGGCGAGGCGUUCAGAGGGAUGCUGCAGGCAGCAUUUAUCAUGUUUUCAAGUAGUUUUACGGUCACUCUACGAGUUCUUCUGACU